AUGAGAGCCCCGCUGCCUCUGCCCGCGCCGCUGCUGCUGUCGCUCUGGAUUCUCGGUUCAGGCCAUUAUGCUGCUGGAUUGGGUCUCAACAACACCUCCUCUGGGAAAGGGGAACCAUUUUCUGGGGACCACAGUGCUGAUGGAUUUGAGGUCACCUCAAGGAAUGAGGUGUUCUCAGAAAGUGAGAUCCCGCCUGUGAGUGAGAUGCCUUCUAGUGGUGAACUGUCCUCAGGAACCGACUAUGACGACUCAGAAGAGUAUGAUGAACAACUACAAGUAUCUGGGUAUAUCAUAGAUGAUUCCAUCAGAGUGGAACAGGUAGUGAAACCCAAGAAAAACAAGACAGAAAGUGAAAAGACGUCAGAUAAGCCCAAAAGAAAGAAAAAGGGAGGCAAAAAUGGAAAAUCCAGAAGAAACAAAAAGAAGAAGAAUCCAUGCGAUGCAGAAUUCCAAAACUUCUGCAUUCAUGGAGAAUGCAAAUACAUCGAGAACUUGAAAGCAGUCACAUGCAAAUGUCAUCAGGAAUACUUUGGUGAACGAUGUGGGGAAAGGUCCAUGAAAACACACAGCAUGAUUGACAGUGAUUUAUCCAAAAUGGCAUUAGCGGCCGUGGCCGCCUUUGUCUCCGCCGUGAGCCUCACAGCUAUUGCUGUUGUUAUUACAGUCCAGCUUCGCAAACGAUACCUCAGGGAAUAUGAAGGAGAAGCUGAAGAACAAAAGAAACUUCGACAGGAAAACAGAAAUGUGCCUGCUGUUGCUUAA